AUGGAUACACCAAUGGCUAGUAAGAAAACAUUGAAGAAUCUGGAAUCCAAGAGAGCGUCUUCAAGUCCUGAGGAUCAGCCUUCUAGGAAACAACGGAAGCGGGAAAACCAUGUUCGAAUUCCACCAGCCACAGAGCUAUUUGCUGAUACUAAAUGUCCUAAUUCAUGGAUCUGUAAAAAUUCUGCAUGUCGAGCCACUAUUUCAACAGAUGACACAUUUUGUAAGAGGUGCUCUUGUUGCAUUUGUCAUUUAUUUGAUGACAAUAAGGAUCCAAGUCUCUGGUUGGAAUGCAGUUCUGAAUCUGUUUCGGGGGAUUCUUGUGGCUUAUCUUGCCAUAUUGAAUGUGCCCUCCAACGCUGGAAGGUGGGAGUUGUUGAUCUUGGUCAGUUGAUGCAUCUGGAUGGAAGCUAUUGCUGUGCUUCAUGUGGCAAGGUUUCCGGGAUAUUGGGAUACUGGAAGAAGCAGUUAACUAUAGCUAAGGAUGCUCGUCGUGUAGAUAUCCUCUGUUAUAGGAUAUUCCUGAGUUACAGGCUCUUGGAAGGGACUUCCAGAUUUAAAGAACUCCAUCAAUUUAUCAAAGAAGCUAAGGAAAAAUUGGAAACAGAAGUAGGUCCUCUGAAUGAUUCUACGAAAAUGGCUAGGGGAAUAGUCAGCAGACUCUCAGUAGCCGGAGAUGUGCAGACUCUCUGUUCACUUGCUAUUGAGAAAGCUGAUGGAUUGCUGGCCUCAAAUUGCAGCACAAGCCUAAAUAAUAUCGAAAGUUCCCUUCCCGCAGCUUGCAAGUUUGUCUUCGAGGAAAUUGCAUCUUCUUCAGUUUUAGUUAAAUUGAUAGAAAUAUCUACUGCACCGUAUGAUGGUAUUGAAGGGUACAAGCUGUGGUAUUGUAAGACUAGAGAAGAGACUUACACCAAAGAACCUAUUAAAGUCUUUCCAAGAUCUCAAGGGAGGAUUUGGAUAUCAAAUCUGCAGCCCUGCACGGAGUAUUCCUUCCGAAUAGUAUCCUUCGCUGAGGCUGGUGACUUGGGACAUUCUGAGGCAAAAUGUUUUACAAAGAGCAUAGAGAUAAUUCACAAGAACUCAAACUCUCUCGCUGCAAAUCUUCGAAAGGAGAAUUCAGAAGACGGAGGAAGAUCUGAUGCCAAGCAAGACCACAAGACUGUAACAGACACUGAAACCAACUCCGAAUUCAAGGUUCAAGACCUUGGGAAGAUCUUGAGGCUAGCAUGGGCCCAAGAACAAGGCUUUCUUAAGGGGCUUCAUGGUGCAGAUGUUAAAAUAUGUUCCAGGGAUCAUAGUUUUAUUAAUCCAGAAACUGUAAUUGAAGACAGGUUUCAAUCCAUUCCAAGGAAGAUUGACUUGAAUGUUUCGUCAGUGCCUGAUCUGAAUGAAGAGUUUGCCCCUCCAGUUGAGUCAUCUAGAGACAACUGGAACCAUAUGAAAACCAAUGAUGGAUCAGCUGUUGACUCCCGGGUGGAAGCUUGCCUAAAGAUGACACAUAACACUAAUGUGGAGAUGCAAGAUUCCAUUAGCAAUCUGACCAAUGGAUCGCCAUCCCAAGCCGGGAAUGUGUCGGGAAGCUUGGAUGAAAACUUCGAAUACUGUGUUAAAAUUAUUCGUUGGCUGGAAUGUGAGGGCCAUAUUAAGGAGGAAUUCAGAAAGAAGUUUCUGACGUGGUUCAGCUUGAGAUCAUCUAAGCAGGAACGCCGAGUAGUCCAGACUUUUAUUAAGACUCUAAUGGAAGAUCCAAGUAGUUUGGCGGAACAGUUGGUUGAUUCUUUUUCAGAAAUCAUAGCUGUGUCUGGCAAGAGGCCUAGAAAUGGUUUCUGUGGUGAACUUUGGCAUUAA